AUGGAACAAAUAAAACGUCAACGAACUAACAAUGUGAACAACUAUGAUAAUAAUAAAAAACAAAAGAUACAAGCUGAAACGAAUGGGUGUUUAUCAAAAGAAUGCGUCACAUGUUUUGAAGAUCUUUCAAAUGAAUUAAUCUAUGAAAUAUUUGAAUUAUUAGAUUUUCAUUAUGUUUAUGAUGCUUUUUAUUCACUUAAUACACGAUUUCAUAAUCUUAUAGUUAAUUCAACUCUCCCAAUUGAAGUUAAUCUUUCGUCUAUAUCAAAAUCGACAUUUCAACGAUUCAAUAAAGAUAUUAUUCUACCAAAUAAACAUCGAAUUCAUUCACUUCAUCUAUCAAAUCUAUGUUUAUAUGAUGAUAUAUCUUCACCAAUUCAUAUUAUGUCCGAUUUCCUACAUCUUGAAACGCUUAGUCUUAAUAAUAUAGAAUUAAAAUAUCUUGAAUAUCUCCUUGGUACAUUAGUUUCUUUACCAUGUCUUUCUUCAUUAUCUAUCGUAUCUGCAGACUUUAUUCUGAAUAAGACGCCUAUUUAUUAUCAGGUAGUCCGUCUACCUGCAUUGAAAUAUUGUAGUUUAUCAUUGAAAGGAUUAUCUUACAAUGAAUUAUUCUCGCCGACCAUCGAUGAAUACAGUCCUAUCGAGUACUUAAUCAUCAGUCAUGAUAUACCCAUCGAUCAACUGUAUAAUUUAUUAUCAUAUGUUCCAAAACUUCGACGUUUAUGUGUUUAUUGUGUAAUCGAAUCUUCGUCGAAAUAUAUAAAAACAUCUCUACCUGUAUUACCUUAUUUGACACAUGUGUCACUUGAUCUUAGCUUUAUAAGCUUCGAUGUAUUUGAGCAAUUGGUCAUAGAUAUUUUUCGUCUGGUGCAAAUUUUACAUAUUUUCAUACGUUUUAAUUCCGAUCAAAUGUAUACAAAUGCUAAUAGAUGGGAACAAUUGAUAUUAUCUCAUAUGCCAAAUUUACGUAUAUUUGAUAUUCGACAUGAAGGUUGUUCGGACGAUAUUACUAAUGAUAAUCAAGCAAUAUCGAAUACUGUGAUUGAUAAUUUUUCAUCUUCAUUUUGGAUCAAACGGCAAUGGUUUGUUGCACAACAAUAUUAUGAGAAACUAUAUAAAGAUCAUACAAUUAUCUACUCAACUGAUCCAUAUAGGAGAAAAUAUUAUACAUUAUGUAAUCAACUUCAUCAAUCAACUUGUUUAAAUUCUAAGGAAACUCAUUUGCAAUCUGUUCAACAUCUUCAAAUUUACGAUGAACAACAAACAAUCAAUUGCAAAUAUUAUUUUCCAAAUGUUACUAUACUUACUUUUAAAGAAGGGUUUUCAAUUACUCAUAAUUCAAUUGUGUUCAUGCUUAAUCAUGUUAUUCCUUUAAAACAACUUACUAAAUUAAUUAUUAAAUGUGAUCAUCUUUCUUUGAUAAAAUUAAUUGAAUUAUUAUGUUGGACUCCUCAGAUUCACACAUUAGUAUUUGAAUCUAUGUCACUUCAUGGAGUUAGUUAUAAUUCUAUUCAACAAAAUCAAUUAUUUCAACUGGUAUCCAGUACAAAUACUAUUACAAACGUGACUUUUAAACCAAGAUGUACAUUAGAUAAACUUCAGAUACUUGUUGCUUUAUUCUCUCGAAUCCAACGUCUUACAAUAAAUUUCCAUACAAAAGAUUUAGAAUCAUGUGUACGAUUUCUACUAGAGAAAACAAAUCGAAAUACUAGUCAUUUAUAUUCAUUACGUCUUUUAUGGGUAGACACGAUUUGGCUUACAAGAUUGGAAACCUUAAUCGUAUCCGAUAUGUUUCUUGAUGAUUAUACGUUAAAAAUGAUGAAUAAAGAUCUAUAUUUAUGGUGGUAG